AUCGCCUCGCUCACUUUAAGGGAACAAAUGAAUAGGCGCAGACCAGCAACCGCCAAAGGACCAGCAAAACCAAAGGAGUUUUCAAGCAAAAUUAAGACCAGUAAAAUGGAUACAAGUCGAAGGGACUCGGAUGAAAAUGGAGACGAGGAAGCGGACGAAAAGUUUAGUUCGGAUACUUUAAUGAAGCAAAAUUAUGAAUUGCGUCAUCGUUUGGAAGAAGAAGCAGCAUGUUAUAAACGACGACUAGACACUUAUCGACAAGCACAGCAGCAUCAAGCGGCACUCGUUUCCCGUUUGCAGGCCAAAGUACUCCAAUACAAACAAAGAUGUUUGGAACUCGAAAAUCAAAUGGUCGAAUCUCUCCCAGCCGACGAAGAUCAUCUUUUAACCAGUUCUCUUCCUAGCCAGCUAAUAUUACAAGCGGCGCAGAAAACUAUGCGCGAAAUGCGAGAAGAGCAAAUAAGCGAUCUAGAUACCGCACUCAAGAAGCUUAACGAAGAAAGGAACAGAUGCGAGAAGCUGCUCCAGUUGAACGUAAGUCUUAAGGAGCAGCUGGAGGAGUCGCAUCAGUCGAACGAAGCUCUGACGAAUGACCUGCAAAAGCUGAGCAGCGAGUGGGACUCGUUGCGCGAGGAGAUGUCAGCCAAGGAAGAGGAGUGGAAGGAGGAAGAGAUGGCCUUCAAUGAGUACUAUAGCUCCGAGCACAAUCGGCUGCUGAAUCUCUGGCGCGACGUCGUCUCGGUUAAGCGGCUCUUCUCCGAGAUGAAGUUCGCUACUGAGCGCGACCUCACGAAGCUCCGCGGCGAGAUGAACGGCGUAGCCAACGACACCCUCACCGCCUGCAGUAGCACGAGCUUCUUCCUUAAAUUACAGGCGGCGUCGUCGAUGCUUCCCUCCCAGCAGGCUAAUCGCGUCCAGCCGAUCAACGAGGCCGAGCUGCAGUCCAUAAAGGAGGGCUUCGAGGCCGCCAAGGCUGACAUCCGUAACAAGGAGCAGCGCAUUCAGCAGCUCGCCCGAGAGGUCCAGGCUUUGGAGGACAAGUGCGCCGAGGCCGAGAGCAGCGCGAGUCAGAGGCUACGCGUCCAGGAGGACAUGGAGAUCCUGCAGUCGGCUCUCCGCGACAUCGCUCAUGCCGUCAUUCAGGAUGCGGAGAUGCGCGAGACAGAUAGCGGCAAUGGCCAGACGACACCCCACGUACAUCUGUCCCCGAGUGCUACGAUAAUUCCGUGUGGCCUCAAGAGGUCGACGCGCAGCAACGCGAUGCCAGCCUUCGCCGAGAGCACUAUAAGCGCCGUCCAGGCAUCUCUUCACAAGUAUCAACUGACCAUACACGAGCUCCAGGUGAAGCUGUCGACGAGCAAGGAGCAGCUGGGACUCUGUCGCAAACAGUCGGAAAAUUUAGAGGAACGUGCAGUGCUGUCGGAUGAGAAAAAUGCAGAACUCAUCGUUCAAUUGGAUAAUUUGAGAGCGCAGAUUUCGCAAUUAUCGCAAGAGAAAGACAUGCUGCAGAAAGCUUUGGAUAGUAUUCGGAGUGAGAAAGUUAAUUUAGAUAAGAGUCGAGUAGAGUAUGCCGGCGCGAUAGAGAACUUGAGCGGGGAAUAUGACAGGAUCGAGAAGCUUAACGGGAAGUUGGAGAAACUCUGUCGUAAUCUUGAGGAUGAGAAAUCUUAUUUGCAGAGCGAGUUGGACCGGCUGAAUAGGGAGUCCGAGCUACAGGAAAGCAAUUUACGAGCGGAGGAAGAUCGUUCGAGUAAGCAUCGAGAGGAAGUGUUGAGCUUACGCGAGGAACUGAGCAAAGCGUAUUUGGCUAAAGACGUGCUCGAGCAGCAGAAACUCGAGUGUGAAAGGUAUUUGGGCCAGGUGGAGAAGGGCAAGGGUGACUUGGAGAUAGAGCUUGAGCGAAUGCUCCUGGAUAAAUCGGAUUUGCAAGAGAUACUUGCGAAACAACAAGCGGUUGGCUCGGGGCACGAGCAAGACAUCGCGAGGCUACAAGAGGAGUUGAAAAAAAUUAACGACGAGAAGAGUCAGCUGUUGAGUCAGUGCGCCGAUCAGCAGGCGGAUCUCAGCUCGUUGAAGAAAGAAAUUUUACAAGCCGAGCAAAUAAGACUGGAUCUCGAGUCCGAGAAAGUAACCAUUCACGAGAAAAUGAAGUUCCUAGAGAUCGAAAAGGAGAAGGUGGAGAUGGAGCUGUCACAGUUAGGCCGGGAGAGGGGAGAUCUGAGUAAUCAGCUGUCGAUUUUGGCAAGGAAAAAGGAAACGCUUAAUGAGGAGCUAAUGAGGUUGAAACAGCGUUUCGAGCAAGCCGGUGACAUGAAUGCGAGAAUCAAUAGAAAUCUGGAGGAUCUCGUUAAGGACAACGAGGAGAAGCAGGUUCUAUUGGAAACCGGCGAGAAGGAAGUUCAAAGACUGCAGGAAGUCCUCGUGUCGAUGCGCAGCGAGAAAGAGACACUCGAAGCUAUCCUCUUCGAUACACAAAGUAAUUUGGAGACGAUUCACGCGAAGAAAGUUCAAUUGGAAGCGGAGAAGCAGGAUUUAUUGAUAAAACAGGAAGGCUUGAAGAAUCAAGCUCAUCGCUUGGCACAAGAACUGGAAAAUAGUGAAAAACAUUCUCGAGACAUCAAACAAAGUUUAUCGCAAUUUAGUGAAAAGCAGGAAGCCGAGUUUCAGUCCGUAUUAACCAACAUGAAGAAGCAGAACGACGAUGCAAUGAAAAAAUUAAACGAUGAAAAAGAAAACAUAAAAAUUACAUUGGAGAAAAAAUUGCAACAAAGUUUGUUUCAACUAGGAAAUGAAAAAGACAAUGAAAUAAAUCAAUUGCAGCAAAGAAUCGAGGAAUUACAACAUCAUCUAGAAAGCUUAUGUCAACAACACGAGGAAAUUCUUUUGAGAGCUGAAAAUGAUAAACAACAAGCUUUGUUAAUCGCCCAUCAAGAUCAACAAGUUUUAAUGGAAAAAUUAGAAAACGUUUAUCGAGAAUUAGAAGGAGAGAAAGGAUGUUUGGAUAGAGCUCGAAGAGAGGCUGCAACUCACGCCGAGCAAGAUCGUAACAGUUUGAAUAAAUUACGUGACGAAUUGAAUCGAAUAAAAGGCAAAUUAGAUGAAACAAAGCUCAAAGGAGACGAAGAUAAAUUGAAGCUCGAAUUAAAAAUGGAGGAGGUCAGAAACGAAAGGGAAAAUGCUUUAAAAGAAAUUGAAGAGCUGCAGGUGCAACUUCACAUGUCGGAGGAUAAAGUAGACGAGCUUCACAAUCAGCUUCAAGAAACUAUUCGAAAACUUAAAGAAGCCGACAUUACGAUUGAAAGUUCUCGAAAAGAACUUGUCGACCUACGCCGUCAAUUGGCUGACUCAAAUUAUGAAAAGGACAAGUACAACUGCAGUAAUAAAGAGUUGAGAGAGCGAAUAAAGCAAGUGGAAGGGGAUAAAAGGGAGCAGGCUCGCACAUUAGAGGAAAUAUAUCAAAAAAUUUCCGGAUUGGAGGACGGGAAAACUACGCUAGAAGCUGAUCGAAAUCGUCUGCAAAAUAAUCUACGCGAAACGGAGCGCGAAUUAUUGCAGCUCCAACAGCAAUUCCGUUUAAUACAAGAAGACUUGGAAAAAUCCCAUAACGUCAAUUCGCAAGUGCAAAAUACCGAGAAGGAGCUCCAAGCAAGACUAAUUAACGAAAUAGAAGAGCGCGAGCGAGCCCAAUUACAAUUGCAUCAAGCGAAGAAACAAGUGGUGGAGCUCGAGAAUCACUUGGAGUUGACGCGCCAAGAGCUCGGUAAGCUACGCUCGCGCACCGACGAGGAGGACGAGAGAUCCCGGGGUCGGGAGCAGGAGUUGGUCGCGCGUCUCGAGGACGGACGCUGCCGGGAGAGGAAGCUCGAGGAUCAGAAGCAUAACCUGGAGGUCUGCCUGGCCGACGCGACUCAGCAGCUCCAGGAGCUGAAGGCACGCUUGGGUGGAUCCGAGGGCCGCGUCCGCGCUCUCGACACUCAACUGUCGCAGAUGGAGGCUCAGAAGAAGGAGAUCGAGCAAAAGCUCAGCAGUGUCGUCCUCAUCCUGAGGCGCAUCGCCGGCAUACAGUUGGACGGCAGCGUCAGCAUGCCGUUUAAGCUCUCAAGCCCCAUAAGGAGAUACAGUCCCGUACGAAUGCAAGAGCAUUCGGAUGGAAAUCGCGAAGUCAUCUUGGAUGUUGAUCCAGAGGCCGUGCGGAGAGGCGUUAAAGCUCUGAUGCAGCAAGUCGCACAAAUCGAACGUGAACGGGAUGAUUAUAGAACGGAGCUCGGCAGUAUGAAAAAUCAAAUAAUUGAGGCGCAAGAAAAUCAGAAUAAGAUUGACAUUAAGCUCAAUAGCUUACAGGUUAAUAUAAGAAAUUUGCAAGACGAGAAGAACGCCCUUGAAUCGAAAUUAAUGCAUAAACAAACUCUCUUACAAGGACAGACAGACAAGUUGCAAGAUAAAACGGACGAAGCCGAUCGGUUUAGAGAAAAAGUCAUUUAUCUUGAAAUGGCGAUUAGCAAUGGUGCUGAAGAAAAAAUUCAAUACGAAGAUAAGUUGGAUAAGAUGAGGCAGACGGUUAAUAAGCUCGAGGGUGAUAAGCGAAUGAUAAAGGAAGAUUUGAGCAAAUCUGAAAAUCGAGCGACGCAAAUGGAAGUGCAUCGAAUGUCCCUCGAAGGUGAUUUACAGCGUUUGCAAAUGAUCAUUCAGGAAAAAGAAGCCAGCAUACAAAAGCAGCAAGAGCGUUGUGAUGUACAAGCGCGAACAAUAACUAGUUUGGAAGAGCGAUGCAGUUCCCUCAAGAGCACAGUCGAGCAGAUGAAUCAUUCGCUUGAAAAAGCAUCAAUGACAGAAAGCGAAAUGAAAGCUGAGAUUAAUCACAUGCACAGAAGUCUUAUAGAAGUUAACGCACAUUCUCAAAACGAUGCCGAUAAAAUAAGACAGCUGCAGAAGCAGGUCUCGGGCCUGGACAGCGAGCGACGGGUCGCCUCAGAGCGGCUGGAGAACCUGCAGCAGAGCCUCAACGAGCUGCGUCACGCGAAUCAGCUGCUGAGCGACCAAAACACGCGGCUACAGAACGAUGUAGCCAACAGCGAGGUGCUGCGCUCGGGCCUCGAGGCCCAGCUGCGCUUGUCCAGCUGGCCCCGGGAAUCCGGGAGUAGCGCUGGUAGGGAGGAUGAGCAAUUACUACGUCAGCUACAGGCGACGCAGCGCGAGCGUAGCGAGCUCAAGGGCAAGGUCGAUGCGCUCAACGACAAGGUGAAGUCCAUGGAAAGUGAAAAGCGCAGCCUCGAGCGACAGCUAUCGUCCGCCCGCUCCACUGGAAUGCGCAGCAAGAGCUACGAGCGCCAGGAGAAGGCCCACGCCGAGCUACUGGGUUCCAGCUACGGCCCGGAGCAACUUGAGCAGGAGAACCGGGAACUGCGGCUGAAGAUACGGAGACUGGAGUGCCUGAUAGCGGACAGGGAGGGGGAAAUAGCGAGACUAAAAUCCCAAGUCGUCGUCCAUUCGCACUCGGCCUCGGUCCUCGACCUGGCGCGCGAACGGGGCUCGGAGGUCGAGCGGUACCGGGCUGCGCAGCUCCAGGCGGAGAAGCUACUCGAGGCCAGGGAGCAGAGCCACCGGCAACAAGUCAUACGUCUCGAGAGUCAGAUCCACUCGUUAAGGGAGCAGCUGAAUCAGGAGAUUAAGCGCCGCCAACUGUACGUUCUACGGAGUUCACGGACAGGCCGGGAAAUGCAGCAGAUCCGGCGAGCUUUGGGCGAUUCGUUGCGCACCGUAUGCCAGGAGCCGUCGGUCGACGCGGUCCUGCUCGAGCACGAAGCCCGCAAGCUCGACUGCACCGUCAAUACGAGCACGAGCUUACCGGCUUCCCUGGCCCUGCCCUCGCCCUCGCCCACUUCCAAGUGAGCAAGUAGACGCCCGUGAGACGAGCCGCACCCACUAGUCCACCAGUUCAGCAUUUCGGCCGCUAACUAUUAACGCUGCUUUUCAACGUCU